GAAGAAGCUAAUAGUAGCCCCGUAGAGCCAAUCGAAACUGAUGCAAUGCUUGAAAAACGUGACGAAAAUCGAUUGGCCAAUGCUAUAUUAAAUGCUUCUAAAGGGGAAAAUGAAUUUCUUCCUCCCCAGCUACAAGCUAAUGGGUCUAGUGGUGGUAGAAACACUGCCUGUGUUGAGGUUAGAGCACGCUCUUCCAGCCCUCGGAGGAUUCCAUUAUUUGAGAGAGCUUCAGCUAGAUGGUGGAAUCCCCAAUUUGCUUCACCUACAUUAGAAACUCAAUAUUGGAAGUGUUCUUUCCCUUUACUGAGAGAUCGAUUCCGUUCAGGACUUUUAUAUAUACUUAUUUGUUGUUUAAGUUGGUUAUUAUUUCUUUGGAUAUUUAAUCAAACACAACUUUUUCAUUGGUUAAUCGCCUCCCUCCUCUGUCUCCUUUUUGGUUUAAUGUUAUGGUUUGCUUCAUGUUCACCACAUUAUCGCCGUUUUUAUCUACCAACUUCAUUUCUGUGUACCUUCCUUUUGUGUCUAACAACUUUGUUUAUUUGUUCAAGUGCCGAAACUUUUAUGGGGCCAAUAGCUAGUGUUGUUCAUUUUCGAACUGGAACAAAAACAGCAAUUCAUUUAUGUAUUCAUUUACUUGGAAUACACCUUUAUAUACUCACACAAGUUAGACAACGCAAAACAUUCCUCAAAGUUGGACAAUCAUUAUUGGCAAGGAAAGAUUUGGAAUUGGAAACACAAUUUAAAGAUCAUAUGAUUCAGUCUGUUAUGCCUAAGAAGGUAGCCGAUGAACUGUUAAAAGAAACAAGCGAAUUACGUCGUCCAUCUGCUUCAUUAGAAUCCCAUUCAAAUUGCCGAACUUCAAAUGCAACAGUUGGUGGCGGUGGGCGUUCUAGUGCAGCUGGGGAGUCUACAAGUGGAGGAGGUCUUAUGCCUGGACCAAAUGGGAGAUUAUCUUCAUCCGGGGGUGGUGUUCGAAAAUUCCGCCCUUUUACAAUGAAUUUAAUGAGUGAUGUUUCAAUACUUUUUGCUGACAUUGCAGGCUUCACAAAAAUGGCUUCGAAUAAAUCAGCCGAUGAAUUAGUCAAUUUAUUAAAUGAUUUAUUUGGCCGUUUUGAUUAUUUGUGUGGGAGGUGUUGCUUGGAAAAGAUUAGCACACUUGGAGAUUGUUAUUAUUGUGUUGCUGGUUGCCCAGAGCCUAGGGCAGACCACGCCAAAUGUUGUGUUGAAAUGGGGUUGGCAAUGAUUAUAGCUAUUAGACAGUUUGAUUUGGAUAGAGGACAAGCAGUUAAUAUGAGGGUUGGAAUACAUACUGGAAAGGUAAUGUGUGGGAUGGUUGGCACUCGCCGUUUCAAAUUCGAUGUAUUUUCCAACGAUGUAACCCUUGCUAACGAGAUGGAAUCUACUGGGGUUGCCGGCAGAGUUCAUAUCAGUGAAAAAACUGCUGACUAUUUGGAUGAUGCUUAUAUUUUGGAAGAAGGUGCUCCCCACAAAGAAAUGAAAACUUUUUUUAUUGCUGGCCGCUCUAAAGAAUUUGAAUCGGCUAGUGGUCAGUUUCUAAACACAAUUUCUGGUGAUUCUGAUUCUGCAAGGGGUGAUGGGGGACUUGCUAGUUUAGAGAGUGGAGCUGGUGUUUACAAAGCUAGCUUUAGAAAGAAAUUAGUUGACAAACUCCGCACAAUCCAAACAAAUUCCUUACCACCAGUUUCCCGUGCAGGCACCACCACCACAACAACAAGUCAACAAUUAAUUGGGGGAAGUAAUAUAACCCCAUUCCACGCAUUUGGAGGUGGAGGUUCCCUUCGAAUGCGUUUAUUAGAUCGUUCAAUAGAAAAUCAGAAUCCACAAUUUUUAAAUAAAGAAGAUAAAGAUAUUAAUAAAUUUCUUUCGAGUAACGCUACUGGGUCAGCACAAGUAUUGACUAGUAUUGGGGAAUCUUCGACAGAUGAAAGUAUUGGGGCUUUGGGGAAGCAGAAAAUGCAUAAACAACAACAAAUGCAGACUCGUCUUGUUGAUGAUACACGUAAAUCAACCUCUUUACAAAUGUUAACUCACGGGGAUGGAAUACUUCCACCGUCAAAUACUCCUUCCAGUAAAAUUGCACGCAGUAUUAUUGGAGGCACCCCACCUCCUAAUAAAACAAGUGAAAGUGAUUUAUCAGAGGGUAUUAGAAAGGAAAAAAUUGCUAAAGAAUUGAAAGAAAAUGGUGGUGGAGAUGAGAAAAUUCAUCAAUCUAAGCAAGAAGAUAAAUCAAAAACUAAUAGUUAUGUUGAUUGGCGCACAGCAGAACGUAUAGGUGGUAAAAUAUCUGCAGAUCUUGCAAAUGAGAGUAGUGCAAAUAAUAGUGGAAGGGGGUCAAGAAGUUCGGGAUUACAGGAACUUGGUUCUGAAAUUGGUGGGCACUCAACCACUUCCCUCGCUGGAUUAGAUACAGCAAUAUCACAUCAUCACAACGCAGCUUCACUUACCAGAUUUGAUACAGACCAUCGGGAUUUUGAUCAGCGUUUAGCACAAGUCAUUCACACAGCAGAUGGGUCAUUUGCCAAAGGGUUUUGGAUGCAUCAAGAGUCAUUAAACCGAUGGACUCUAAAUUUUAACCAAAGAGACAUCGAGGCUGAAUAUCGUGCCCAUUUUGCGGCUGGUGACUCUUCUGAGAAGCACUCUAGUGCGCGUAAUGCAGCUACGGGCAUUGAGAAGCAUAGACAAUUAUCCACACAAUUACAAAAUAUUGGUGGUGGUGGACAUAGUGUUACAGCAGCACUUUCCCAACAACCCCGUCAAAACAAUAAAAAUAACAUUAACAACAAAACAAAACCCCAACAACAAUUAUUAAUUAAUAUUCCCCACCGUCACCGCCCCCGUUAUCGUUAUUCUGGUGUUUUUAUUGAUAUUUUUGUUUCCGCAUUUUCUUUUGUUGUGUGUGCAAUUUUGUUUUUGGUACAGCCUGGAAUUGAAUUAUCCCCUCAUUUUUUGGUUUAUAUCUCGGUGGCAGCAAUAUUUCUAACUGCUGUAAUUAUACUUGUUGGUUUACCUUUACUCAGUCGGCGGCCAAUCCUUCCAUGGCUUCAUCAAUGGGGUCCGAGACAUGUUUUGGGUGCAUUAUUAAUUGCUUUGCCUGUCGGCGUUGCUUUAUUUAAUAUUCCUCUAUGUUUGGAUAAAAUAAUUUAUUAUUAUCCACCUCCAAAAGUUCCAAUUAUUUGUAUUCAUCCUGGUCAAUUAGUUCUUCGUUUACUUUAUUCUUAUGUAUUGUUAUUGGCUUUAUACACUCACUGCAAUUUUAGUCAACUCGGUGCUUGGCCAAAGACAGGGCAAGCAUUGGCUGUAGCACUUGUAUUUUUAUUAAGUACCUGGUUUUGUCAACACCAAUUAGACUUUAUCCGCUCUUUCGGAGCAGAUUCUACAUCAUUAUCCCCCUUCCAUUCAUUAAUCGAAGCCUCCAAAAAUUCAAAUUCCUCUUCCUCAAUAUAUUUCCAUGACAGUAUCCAACCCCACCCAUUGCCUUGCAAUACUUCCCAACAGCCUAUUUGGUCUGCUGGAAAUUUUGGAUCUCCUUUGUUUUUAUGGGAAUUGGUUUUGGAUGUUGUUUUGGCUGUUGUUUUAGUUGCUUUUCUUAAUUAUCAGGCAAAAUAA